GCAGGGGAGGGAGAGGAGGUACUACGGCGAAGGAGGCUGGCUGCCAGGAGGAGAGGAAGUGCGAAGAGCACAGGUGGGAGUGCGCGCCAGGAGGGCACUUCCACUCGACGACCACUUCACCAUUUUCGUUCUGCGCUGCACUUUUCUCAGAGCAGUCACUCACGUUCCAUUGUCGACGUCCCUGUGAGUGAUCAAUGGUUGGAGUCUGGCGCUGUCCGCACUGUUAUGCGUUCUGCGGCUGAGAUCUCGUGUGAAAAGAAAGCACGGUGCCAGCUGGGUCGGCUUCUUGUUCUCCUUAGUACAUACACGUGGCUGCUUCUCAGUUAUACUCUCUCUGGUCCUCUCUCCGUUCCUCCUCCUGCUGCUGCUGGCUUCUUUGGUCCGUCCGAUGACAGAUAUCUGGGGGACAACUGAUCUUGAGAACACUCAACAAUCACCGGCGGUGUUUCCACUAAGGCUAUGGCGAACGGCAUUAUCAUCGGAUGUGAAAACGACUUGGACGUGGGCUUUUCCGCACCGACCUCGUAAGUACGAGAAGAAGAGCUCCGCCGACGCCGAUCUUUCUGUUUUGCAACACUUCCUUUUGUGACCGGCGGCGGGAGUCGCAACGGCUAGAAGAGGAGGAGUCAGCAUGAACACGUGGCGGGCAGGAGAGUAACGUCGGUGUGGGAGGAAAAGGUAUAUAAGGACGUGGACAAGAAAGUAAAUACGCGGGGACAGCGGGAUAUAUUCGCAGGGGCGAGACGUCAAAUACGCGUAUGACAAGAUACACAGCAGCACGAGAACUUGCCUGCUAUCUCAGGGUUUAUCGUUAAUCUUCUCUCCUCUUGUUGGUUAAAACUACUAUCAAUCUUCUCUGCUGUUGUUGGUUAAAGUACCAUCGUCCGAUCAAUCAAGAGGCGCGCAGAAUCAGCAAAAACUGGAAUACGGACUCUUCCCCCCUUCCCCUUCCCCUUCCCCCAACACACACGGGGAGAGAGAGAGAGAGAGAGAGAGAGAGAGAGAGAGAGAGAGAGAGAGAGAGAGAGAGAUGGAGUGGCAGGCGCAAGAAGCUCCGCAGACGCCCGGGGAGAACGCGGUGACACUAGAGGGGCCGUUCAUUCCUGGGGAGGAGGGAGUGAAAGAGGGGGUGAAGUUGGAAUCCGCUUUCGACGAGGUAGCCGAGGGAGGCGGUGAAGAUGGUGAUGCAGACGGCGUCGCGAUGGAGGUGACGUACGCCGCUGCGGAUGUAGCUGAUGCUGCUGAUGGGGAUUAUGAAGAGGGUAAUGCAAGAGAGGGGGAGGUAGAUACUAUGGACGAAGACGGAGCGACAGCAGCCCUCUCGGUCGGCGUGCCGCACUCAGCUGGUGCUUCUCCAGAGGAAGGCGGCGGGGCGCAAGGGCCUGAAGUGUGCGUUACUCAGCAAGAAGAGGAUUUGAGCGAGCCUGUUGUAAUAGUUAACCAUGCGCAGGUGGUUGCAUCUGAGAUGAUAGAUAAGGAAUCUGGGAACUUGAUCGAUGGUAUAGAUGGGGCUUCCGCCGCCGCCGGGGGCGCUGCUGGACAAGGUGGCGCUGCCUCUGGCGCAGCAACGUCCGCGCGGGCAGGUAACGGCAGCAGUGGGAAUGGGAACAGGAUAGCGGACGGGCCUUUGGCCCAAAGCGGCGGUGUCGUGGGGAAAUCGGCGGGUGCUGGCGCGGGUGUCGGGGAGAAGGUGGCGGGGCGAUUGGAAGGAGAGGAGGCAUCAGGAACAGCAGCAUCAGUCGGGACGACCCGAACAGGUGGGGGGGGGAGUAAGGGUACAGCUGCUGCUGGGGGAGCGGUAGCGGGAGGGGGGAAAACAGGAUCAGGGCGCGGAAGAGGAGGAGGGGGCGCGGCUACUGCGGUGGCAUCGACGUCUGGCACGACUGGCGGGACGGUGGGCGCCGGGAGGGGAAGAAAAGCGCAGCAGGGGGAAGGACAAGCGCAAGCGAAGACGCCUGCCAAGAGGAUGAAGAAAGUGUCCGCUGGCCCAGCGGGGGAGGCAGAUGCUGUAGUCGCCAGCGCGAAGGCGCCCAAGGCGGCUGCUGUCUCGCCAUCGCCAGCGCAGCAACUGCACACGGGGGCUCCGCCGCCGCCGCCGCCGCCGCCAACAGGGUCGGCGGAGAAGGCCUCCCCCGCGCCCAGUCUCGCGAUGGCCGCUCCGUCCGCGAAGCCCGCCGCCAAGCGCCCGGGUUCGAGUCCCAUGUCCGUCACCUAUGCCGUCCAAUGCGGCCGCUGUCACAAGUGGCGGCGGGUCACUUCUGUUGAGGAGUACGAGAAGAUCCGCGCCAGGGGUCCUACGGACAGCAGCUGGAUGUGUGGAGAGGCUGCAGCAUGGAAGAAAAAUGGUGGGACUGCGGCAGCAGAUGGUCGAGAUUACUGCGCGGAGCCGUCUGAGCUUGAACCGGAUGGAAGAUUAACGUGGGCGCUAGACAAACCGCAUAUCCCGCGCACUCCGCCGGGAUGGCGCAGGCGGGUUGCCGUUAGAGGAGGCUCCGCCAAAAAAUUCGCUGACGUGUAUUAUUACUCACCUUGUAACAAGCAGCUCCGAUCUAUAGUGGAGGUUGAAAGGUUUCUGCUGGAGAAUCCAAUGUACAAGGAGAAAUAUGGACUAACCAAAGACAACUUCUCAUUUGCAGCUCCUCGGGCUUACCCUGUGGGUUCACCUCUGGCACCGAAAAGCGGCCCCAUGAGUAAAGAUGCAACUGUUCGCUCAGGGGACGGGAUGAUUGUAGACUCUGCCAUAGCAGAGCAGGAUAAGAAGGACCGUUCAGCCUCGGUCAAAGGACAAACAGCCACUGCGUCUAGUGGGGGAACUGUAGCUCGGAGCGGUGGACCAGGCUCUGGAGCCAGAAAUGGGACAGUGGAAGGCAGAAAUACCUCAGGAGAGCAAUCCAUCGCAUCGGGGGAUAUGGCUUUGAGUACGCCGGUGCGAGGAGGGACUGGCCAUGGCAGUGGGAAGAUGGCUGUGGAGGCUCCUGGUGCUGUUGUGGCACACCGGACCCCUUUGCUCCCACAUUCUCUUGCGAACAAUGCCCCAUCAUCUUCACACGCUGACAUGUUAUCGCCGUCAUCCCAGUUCCACGUUUUCGGAACGUCGUUGACGGAAUGUCCACCGUCGGAUACCUCUGUUAUUUCCGAUGUGCCACUGCCCUCUGGUGAGCUGCCCCCGGCGGCCCUCCCUCAACCUGCUGAUGUCUCACCGGCCAUGGCCACGGAGCCUGAUUUUGUGGCAGGCGAGGCAGUAGAUGCUGGCGAACCAGAAGCAGAUGACCUGGAUGGGAUGCAUUGUGAAAUGGCCAACGGGGAAGGAGGGAAAGUCGCAGAUGGGGCGCAGGACGCGGACUGGUUGUCAAAAACUGAUGGUGCAGGGACAGAGAAUGGAGGGGAUGGAGAGGGGCAGUGUGGGUAGGGGUUGGAAUGUGAUGGGCAGCACUUGCGACGGGUGAGCACAAUUAAAUCGUGUGCCUUUGCCACUUCUCUGAUUGGGUGCGGCAAAACAAAGCAAGGAGGGGGCUGUGGCUGCUUUCCAGUUUUGAGGUGGUGUGGCAGAGCCAAGGUCUGGCCACAGACCAUUUUGAAAGUACAGAUGUUUGGGCGGUAGGGGUGAUACACUGCGGAAUGAAGCACAGUUUCACCUUGAAGACGGUCGAAGAGCAAUUCUAAUUGCUUGUAAACUGCAUCUUGAGGAGGCAAAGUUGCUUGACAUGGCUCUCAUAAGGUCUGAACCAGAGGGAAGGAAUGGGAAAUGGGACUCAACAUCUCAUGACCACCAUGGUGAAGACUGCGAUGUUUCAUCGAAAGAAAGGGGCUGCAUGCGAUGGUGAAGUCAUCACAUGCUGGUGACGUGCCGUUUGGAGUUUGCAUGGGUGCAGAUGCAGACUGCAACGGGAGGUGCGUGAUGUGGUAUAUGUAUGUCUUUGAAGGACAGUGGAGGGGAGAUGGCUCCUGUCAAGCUAUACCCCUUUGGUGGCAUGUGGCUAGGUAACAUACUUCUGUCAGUGGAGGGAUGAUUAGAGGGUAGCUAGGAUUGGGUAGUUCCAUAGUAUAGAUGGUAUGGAAGUGCACUGUGCUCAGGUCUCUGAGGUAAUGGACUGUUUAGCGAAGUGCAUUGCGAAUCCAUUGUAUGUGGGCUUGCCUGACUUGACAUGUACUGUUUGUGAUAUGUGAGGGUGAACACAGAAUGGUAAAGUGUCACUGAAUCUUUCCCCGGUAGCGCAGGAGAUAAUUGUGGUGUGCUGUGACUCUCCGUGUGUUCAUUGUAUGUGAUUGCAUUGGCUCUUCAUGUUCACUACAGUUGGGAGAAUGCGGGGAUGUAGCAGGUGGAUGGCCUGCUGAGGAAUGGAUAAGGCAAUAUAGCCGUCUGCCGCGCUACUGGGAAUGAAACAGUGAGCUGCCAGCUGCGCGCGCUGAUGCGUUUGCUUGCCUUCUUGGCUAAGUGCUUGUGCUUCUGUUACGGCUUGGGGAGAGAGGUAGUAGUGGUGGUGCUUACUGAAGGAGUCUGACUCUGAAUGUGCAGUAGUGCUUGUUGAUCUCAUUGCGUGAUAUGUGGUGACGUGCAGGCAAUGGGUCUGAAACAUGUGGUUGUCCUCCUAAGAUCUGUACUGCACAUAUAAGGUCUGGUAUGGUCUCUGAAACAGGCCUCUGGGCUUAUGAUGGAUGUGAUGUCCUGAUGGUGCAGGAGGAGAAUGGUCUGUUUCCGCAGUGUGCUUGGGUUGUCCAUCUGGUUGAUUCUCUCAUUGUGAACCCAGGGUUUAUCCUGGUGUACCAGUUUGCUCGAGUCGAACAUUGCAAGGCCUGGCAUUCAUUACUCUGGAUUAUGUACAUGUAGCCCACUAAGUCAAAC